CUUCCUGGCGCCUCGAAUUCCUGCAUCAUAUGAUGUGUGGCACGAGGAGGAGCAGUUCAGUGUUGUGACGCAUACCAUUUCCAGUAAACGACUGCCCCGUCUCUGAAGAGAUGGACGAAGAACCAACUUCACAAACUUAACAUUUCUAACCCGUUUUGUAUAUUUGGACUUAAUUGAGGAUGAUAAACGUUUUUGAACGAUACAGAAAAGAGGAUGUUUAAUAGCAAUGAGUGAAGUGUGAUUGAUGAAGUGAGAAACAGCGCCCUCGAGCGAUCAUGAGGCACGACAGCACAUCUCACCGCUGGACGCUUCACAUCAUCAUCAUUUCUUUAUUUCUGGUUUUAAUCAGCCAACCGUAUGCAACAGUAGAUGCAGCUGCAUUGGUUAAAUGUGCUGAGAAUGAAUACUAUAAUCUUGGAUUCUGUUGUGAUAAAUGUCAUCCAGGGUAUAAGCUUAAAGACAAAUGCCUUGGCCAGGGACAAAGGUCAGUCUGUGAGAAAUGUGAGAAUGGGACUUACUCACCCAAAUCCAACUUUUAUGAUAAAUGCUUCAGUUGCAAAAAAUGUGAUAAAGACAAUAUGGUCACGAUGUCAGACUGUACGAUCACCAAAAACACUGAGUGUAAAUGUCUGGACGGAUAUUACAUGAAGAUGUUAGACGACACGACGCAAGAAUGUAAAAAAUGUAAAACAUGUGGAGAUGGACAGUUGACAGCUGGAAAUUGUACUGGGGAAAACUAUAACCACUGUAUAUGCAAAGACAAACAUUACAAAGUGAAAAACAACCUUUGUGAGCCAUGUGAUGAAUGUCGUUUUGGGUGUGAACACCUGUGCAAAUCCGAAGUUCCAACAAGAACCCCGAUUCAUGCGACUACUCCUCCUAGCAACACAGUUUCUCAAAUAGUGGUCCCGAUUUGCGCAUGCAUCAUAGCCGUAUUGGUGGGAGUGUUUAUGUUAUACGAGGCCAUCAGGCUCUGGAGGAAAAGGAAACGAGCUUCGUCGAACCAGUCGUCAUCACGUGAUGAUAAGGCGAAGCCUGAAGACGAGCCAAUGAUGGUAGAAGUUUCAUCAGUCACAGAGAUAGAGGAUGUUUCAAGCUCAAACCAGCUGUAUGAAACAGAACUGUGCAGAGAUCUUCCAGACUGCGUCCCAAGAGAGAUUAAAAUUCCCGAGUUCUUCUACUUUGUGUUGGAUGAGAUCCCUGUCGGACGAUUUAAAGAACUCGUUCGGCGCCUUGGUGUCUCAGAGCCGGACAUUGAAAGAGCAGAAAACGAUCACCGGGCGUGCAAAGAUGCCCAGUACCAAAUGCUGAAGGUUUGGAGUGAUAGGUGCGGUGGAGGAGGGAACAACAUUUUGUCGUGUCACCUCAUCCAGAUGUUUAUAGAUACAUUGAGAGACAUGUAUUUAUCCAGCUGCGCAGAUAGCGUUGAGACCAAGUUCCUUUCACAAGACAGAAACAUUUCACAAUGAGAUGAUUAUGGAGACAUACAGGGCAUUAACAGAGAACUUAAACUUCCACUUAACUCCAUUUCUGGACUGUUUUCAAGUGGAAGUGGAAAUGCAUGCGACAGCAUUUUUUUAGUCGUCGAUCAAAUUUCACACUACCGUUUUUUGCCUAGUAUUUUUUUUAUGAAUAUGCAUAAUGUUGUGAUUUUAUAUGGCGUUGUCAAGGCUCGAUGAGUGCUGUAAGAGUUUAUAUCUGAAUAAGGGUGGUGGGGUGUAGUGGGGUUUGGAUAUAUUUGUGAACAAUAACUGGGUGUGACUCUUUUAAAGGUUUCAGCAAAUGUUUCUCAUGUAAUGGAAAAGCCAAAAACUCUCCUAGUUCUUCUUUUUUAGAAUCGGGGCGAAUCUCACGAAACAGGACAAGAUUAAAUAAGUAAUAUAAAAAUUUGAUAAGCUUUAUUUGAAUAUUUUUUAAAUAAAAAUUUUAUAUGAUGAAACUAUAAGACAACACAUUAAUAUCUAAAGUGAAACAUUCACUCAAUAAUGUCUCUGUCUUUACAGAUUAAAGGUAUAUUGAUGUUAUUGAGCCUUCAAUAUGUUUUUAGUAUGAACUGUCUAUAGUUGCACUCUUUCGUGGAUGUAAAUUUUAUGUGUAUCCUUCCACAAGCCUUCACAUGUGCUGUUGUACAGUAUGGUGCUUAUAGCAUUAAUUUUUAAAUGAAUAUAUGAACAAUACAGCUGGUUUCAAGGUGCAUUUAACAUUAUCAUUGUUUAUACUGUAUAUGUUGCUGUAUGUUUAUUAACUGUUAAACUGCUUAUUACACAUAUUUGUGUCACCGCUCCAGAGAAAAUGAAACAAUGAAAAGUUUUCAAUUAAUAAUUUGUUAACCUACAGUAUAAGGAAGCAGGAAAGCAGUUGCCCUGUUUCUUUUGAUUUGUAGUGUUUCUAACGUAAACGGAGGACUUCGGGUUUUUACCGAUUUAAUUUCCUGUAAUUUGUGUAUUUUUUUGAGCAUUCACAUCAUGAGUGAAGGUUGGGAGCAUUUCUUUUUGUAUAAAGACAAAUUCCUUAAAGCCUUUCUGAAGUUGUAUGCACAAAUGAGCAUUUUAUUUUCUUUGUUUCUUUUUUAAAUUUGAAAAAAGUGUUUUUUUAUAAAAAUGUAAUUUUGUAUUUUUAUAAAAAAAUCAAAUAAAGAAAUUCAAUUCACAUUA